AAUUAAAAGGAAAUUUUCUACAACUAACUUCACAUCGGUCUCUUUGCUCAUGGCCGGUCCGCGUUGACCGUGCUGGCGAUAUCUCAACCUAAAAUCAUCAAAUUAAUAAGAUGUCCCGACGAAAGGGAACCGAAGAAACCGACAAGUUGACUCGUAUCGCUAUCAUCAACACCGACAAGUGUAAACCAAAACGGUGUCGUCAAGAAUGCAAGAAAUCAUGUCCGGUUGUUCGAAUGGGAAAACUGUGUAUCGAGGUCACUCCAAAUGAUAAAAAAGCUUCUAUAUCGGAGGAGUUGUGUAUUGGUUGUGGUAUUUGUGUUAAGAAAUGCCCAUUUGAAGCAAUUUCCAUUAUUAACUUACCUAGUAAUUUAGAGAGGGAUACUACACAUCGAUAUGGGAAAAAUGCAUUUAAAUUACAUCGACUCCCCAUUCCAAGACCAGGGGAAGUUUUAGGAUUGGUUGGGACCAACGGUAUUGGAAAAUCAACUGCUUUAAAGAUUUUAGCAGGAAAGCAAAAGCCUAAUCUUGGAAGAUACACGGACCCUCCAGAUUGGACGGAAAUUUUGAGUCAUUUCCGAGGUUCUGAACUUCAAAAUUAUUUUACCAAGAUUUUAGAGGACGAUUUAAAAGCGUUAAUAAAACCCCAAUACGUUGAUCAAAUCCCAAAAGCUGUAAAAGGAACCGUUCAGCAACUAUUAGAUAAAAAAUCUGAACUUGAUAACCAAGAUGAAAUUUGCGCCAUGUUGGAUUUGACCAAUUUAAAAGAUCGCGAACUUUCCGCUUUAUCCGGAGGGGAAUUGCAACGUUUCGCUUGUGCCAUGGUGUGCAUUCAAAACGGGGAUAUCUUCAUGUUUGAUGAACCCUCUUCUUAUUUGGAUGUUAAACAAAGAUUGAAUGCUGCACAAACUAUUCGAUCGCUACUUGGCCCUGACAAGUUUAUAAUUGUUGUUGAACACGAUUUGAGUGUUCUAGAUUAUCUUUCUGAUUUUAUUUGUUGUUUAUAUGGUGUCCCAGGAGCGUAUGGGGUGGUAACUAUGCCUUUUUCGGUAAGGGAAGGCAUCAAUAUUUUCUUGGACGGUUUUGUACCAACGGAAAAUUUACGAUUUCGUGAAGAUUCGCUCGUUUUUAAAGUUUCUGAGUCCGCCGCUGAAGAAGAAGUGAAACGCAUCAAUCACUAUGAAUACCCACAUAUGGUAAAAACGAUGGGUAGUUUUAGAUUGGAGGUGCAUAAAGGGCAAUUUUCGGAUUCAGAAAUUUUAGUUUUGCUUGGAGAAAAUGGUACGGGUAAAACUACUUUUAUUCGUUUACUUGCUGGUAAUUUAGAAGCUGAUUCCGGCUCAGGCGAAUUACCGCAAUUACAUAUUAGUUACAAACCCCAAAAGAUAAGUCCAAAAUCACAAGGUUUAGUUAGGCAAUUACUUCAUGAAAAAAUCAGGGAUGCUUAUAUUCACCAGCAAUUUAUUGCUGACGUAAUGAAGCCGUUAAAAAUUGAUGAUAUAAUCGAUCAAGAGGUUCAAAACUUGUCUGGUGGUGAAUUACAAAGAGUUGCAAUGACUCUGUGUCUUGGAAAACCAGCCGACGUUUAUCUAAUUGAUGAACCAAGCGCUUACUUAGAUUCUGAGCAACGUUUAGUAGCUGCUAAAGUUAUAAAACGUUUUAUUUUGCAUGCUAAAAAAACCGGGUUUGUUGUUGAGCACGAUUUUAUUAUGGCUACGUAUUUGGCGGAUCGUGUAAUUGUUUUUGAAGGAACGCCAUCUGUUAGCACUGAGGCUCAUACCCCUCAAACGUUAUUAGCUGGCAUGAAUAGGUUCCUGGAAUUGUUGGGAAUUACUUUUAGAAGAGAUCCUAAUAACUUUAGACCCAGGAUUAAUAAACAGGAAUCCGUUAAGGAUGUGGAACAAAAAAGGGCUGGACAAUAUUUCUUUUUGGAAGAAUAAGUUAAUUUUCCGAAUUAUUAAUCGAUUGUCUUAAAUAAUUUGGUUCUUUACCAUUUUAUAUAA